AUGGCUGAGGGCCUGGCGCGGUUAGGGGCGGAGCUGGGGUGGGGCGAGGGGCCUGGACCGGUGGGGACUCGAGUGGGCGGAGGUGCGGGUGCGCCCGUCGGGGCGGGGGCAGGGCGAAGCCCGUGCGCCGGGCUUCGGCCCGGCCGGGUCGGGCUCGGGGUCGGGUUCGGGUCGAAUCGAAUCCGGGCGGGUUCGCGCUGCGGUAGAGUUCGAUCGGAUGUGAACAGCAUUCACCCAGAAUGCCGAUUUCAUCUGGAAAUACAGGAGGAAGAAACAAAAUGUUCAGAGCUUCUAAGCACUCAAACAGAAAAGCACAAAGCCUGCCCUGGCAUCUGGGACAACCUCACGUGCUGGCACCCUGCGGACCUGGGGGAGACAGUCACCGUGCCCUGCCCCCUGGUGUUCAACAACUUCUACGUCAAGCCAGGAAACAUAAGCAAAAACUGCACAAGUGAUGGAUGGUCAGAGACAUUCCCAGAUUUCAUAGAAGCAUGUGCCUACAACGACCCUGAGGAUGAAAGCAAGAUCACAUUUUAUACGCUGGUGAAGGCCAUUUACACCCUGGGCUACAGUGUCUCUCUGAUGUCUCUUGCAACCGGAAGUAUAAUUCUUUGCCUCUUCAGGAAGCUGCACUGUACCAGAAACUACAUCCACCUGAACCUAUUCCUCUCCUUCAUUCUGAGAGCUGUCUCUGUGCUGGUCAAGGAUGACAUCCUCUACUCCAGCUCCAGCACACUGCACUGCCCCAACCAGCCGUCCUCUUGGGUAGGCUGCAAGCUCAGCCUGGUCUUCUUCCAGUACUGCAUCAUGGCGAACUUCUACUGGCUGCUGGUGGAGGGGCUGUACCUGCACACACUCCUGGUGGCCAUCUUCUCCCCCAGCAGAUGCUUCCUGGCCUAUCUGCUGAUCGGUUGGGGCAUCCCCACCAUCUGCAUCGGAGUAUGGACGGCUGCCCGCCUCUCUUUAGAAGACACAGGUUGCUGGGACACAAACGAGCACAGCAUCCCCUGGUGGGUGAUCCGGACACCCAUUCUGGUCUCCAUCCUAGUCAACUUUGUGCUCUUCGUCAGCAUCAUAAGGAUUUUACUGCAGAAGCUGACAUCCCCAGAUGUGGGUGGCAAUGACCAGUCCCAGUACAAGAGGCUGGCCAAGUCUACACUGCUGCUCAUCCCGCUGUUUGGUGUCCACUACAUGGUGUUUGCAGCCUUCCCCAAUGGCAUCUCCACCCAGUACCAGAUCCUGUUCGAACUGUGUGUCGGGUCCUUCCAGGGCCUGGUGGUGGCGGUGCUCUACUGCUUCCUGAACAGCGAGGUGCAGUGUGAGCUGAAGAGAAGGUGGCGCAGCCUGUGCCUGACGCAGCCUGGGGGCCGAAACUACCGGCUACACAGCUGGUCCAUUUCCCAGCACGGCUCGGAAAGCGCCCUGCAGGUGCACCGGGGCUCCCGCACGCAGUCCUUCCUGCAGACGGAGACCUCGGUCCUGUAGCUUCUUCCUGCUGCCCCACUGCCACCACUGGUCCGGCCUGAGACUUGCCUGCCCUCAACAUAAUCCGCUUCUCAGCUCAGCCCUGGGGGACAGGCAGCACUGCGAUGGGUUUGAUGUAAGUGCUCAUUGUUGCUAAGCGGCAGCAUCGAGGUCGUUUUGCUCAUCAUGUUGCUCAGCUGUGUAGGUGAACCCACUUUCAACACGGACAGGGGAGACCGAGCCCUAAAUGUCAAAACCACAGCCGUGGCCUGAAGCUGUGGCCAGAGGGAGCAGCACAGGCCCUGUGCUGGGAGCCUGGACUGGGGCUGGGCAUCGUGCCCUCCCCUCCCUCUCUCCUGACCAACGACGGUGUCCUCAAAGGCCUCUGCACUCAACAGCCCAGCCUGGCCCCCAGGGCACAGCGAGAUGACUCGAGGAGGGCGGGGCCCAACCCUGACCCUGCCUUGCCGGAUAGGCCCCAGGGAUAGGUGUUACCUGGGGGCAACAGUAAACCUGCUCUAUUUUUGAUGAGAAUAUUAAAGUUAUUUCUGCUUCAUUGGAAAUUGUUUUACCAAAA